GUAUAUCCUACAUCCGGUCCAAUUAAUUUAAAAGCCCAAUAACAGAUAUAGCCCAUAACAAAAGUGGUCCAUAAUUUUACUGGGUAAAGUCACAACUGAAACAGAUUAAUACAAAAAUGAAAAAGUAACUUCUUCUCUCAAAAAUUGAACUGCAUUCUGAACAUCUGUUCACAAAAUGACGAUAGCAUUCAUUGCCGCUUUAUUUAAGCUCGAAAAAUGAGGACAAUUGGUAAACUUUUUGGUGGAGUUGUGCAGUUAUUGCUGGAGUUUUUGGUGGAGUUGGCGAGCAACCGGAAGAGUUUGAGCAUCAGCUUGUUCGUGUUUGAGCAUUGAAAACAGGGAUGGACUUGGUAAGCGAGUAUCAAAUGAUGUUAAACGCAGAAGAGCAUGAAAAUGCAGAAGCAUCUGAGAGGAUUUUAGAUGUAAGGCCAAUAAGUGAGAUCCCGAUGUUACGUGGAAAGCCAAAAAGGGAAUUAAAAAGGGCUUCCAAAGUUCAAGAGAAGAAGCAGAAGAUAAAACCAGUUAGAGUAAUGAACAAAGCUGCAAAGGACCUGAUAAAAGAGCAACAAAAUGAGGGGAUAAUGAAUGUGGAAGAAAUAAUUGAGCAUGAUACGGAAGCAACUGAGCAACAUAAGGGUCAGAAUGAGCAAAAUCACAAUGUUGAAAUAGCUCUAAAAGUUGAUGUGGAAAGGAAUAAUGUAUUUCAAGAAGAUGAUGGUUCCAGUCAGCCAGAGCAGCGUGAAGCAGAAGAAAAUGAAAUGUGGAAGAAUCACAUAAAGGUGAUGUUGAAAGCGAUAAUGUAUUGCAAGAAGUUGUUGAUAACAGUAAGCCAGAUGAGCAUCAUGCAGCUGAAACUGAGCAACAUAUGACUCAGAAUGAGCAAAAUGAGAAUGUUGAAGCAGCAAAAGAGGGUGGUUUGCAGAAAAAGAAAGUGGAGGGCAAGAAAAGAAAGAGAAAAAAUUCAAAACAAAGCGGAGAGCAAGAAACUUCAAACAAAUAGACUGAGUGUGAGGAUGAGACAGCAAAGAAGAGAAUAACAAGAUCAACCACAGGAGAAAAAACUAAAAAGAAGAUAGUUGGAGUUAAGAAAAAGAAGAAAGAAGAUGAUGUAAGAAAGAAAGGAAAAUGUGUUGCAGAGUCAUCAAAGGUGGAGAAAAAGAAGUCAAAGAAGAAGAAACUUGAACAAGAAGAACUAGAGGACGAGCACGAGGAGGCAGAAAUGGAAGAAAACGAUAAAUUUCCGAAGCUCUAGACUAGAAUGUCUCCAAGAAGUAUAACUGAAAUAAUGACAACACUGAGUGAAGAACAAAAGACAGAGGUGGUGGAGAUGAGAUUUGGUCCAUUAUUUCACGUUCAAAUCAAGCAAUUGCCGAUGCAGUUGGCAUAUUGGGCAGUUGAGAAGUUUGAUAGCAGAAGUGUGUCUCUUGUUCUGCCGAACAAUGAGAAAUUGAGGAUAAAUGAAGAUGCAGUGCACUUCACAUUGGGGUUUCCAAAAGAAAACUUGAAUGUGAAGAAUUUGAUUGACAAUCAAGCUGAAAAUACAUCACAAAUGGUGGCUGAUUGGAGAUCCCAAUUUGAGACAGAAAAUGGAGUUGUGAGGACUGGUCAAUUGAGGAAGGUCUUAGAAGAAGACAAAAGAGGUGGAGGCUGGUUUAAGAAGAAUUUUUGGUUCUCCUUGUAACAUGUCUGAUUGAAGGUAAGCAAAAUUGCUUUGCAAAUCAAAGCAUUCUGAAGGCUUAAAAGGAUGAUUCGAAAAUUCCAAAUCUGAAUUGGUGUGGAUAUGCAUUGGAAACUUUAAUUGAAGCAAAGGACUAUUGGAGCAAGAAUAGAACAACACAAUUCCCUGGGCCUCUAUUGUUUCUGAUUAUGUUCUAUGUUGACAAUGCUGUGUUCAAAGGAAGAAAAGUGCAAAGAGGAUUGUCAUCUAUCAUUGGAUGGACAACACAAAAACUGAACAAAAGAGAAGGAAGAAAUUGAAAGUGGAGGUUUCGGAUUUGGAUAUGUAGAUGAAGUUAACGAAGGAGAACUGACAGUUCCAAAAGUGAUAAGAAAUGAACAAGAAGUUGAAAGGGCAAUUGAGGGAGACAUCAAUCAGCAUCCAAAGAAGCUAAGACUUUGGCAAAAAGCAUUGCAAGUUUUGAUGAGAAGUUCCAAGAGACUGCAAAGAUGUUGCGAGAUGAUGAGACAAUGAAGGCUUUGAUGGGAAAAGUACAUGGGCUUUUCAACACAUAUUCCUUUGAAAAGGAGAAAAAAGAAGAAGCUGAAACUGAAGUAUCGUUGACUCCGGAUGAUGGAUUCUGGACGGAAGAAGUGGUCAAAGCAAUUGAAGCAAUUGAAAUGGCUCAGAACAAAAGAGUUGAGCGGCCAACUUUUACACAGUACGAAAAGCCAAUCUUCAAGUUGUUGUCGCAGGAGUCAAAUGAAAUGGAAAAUAGAGAUGAGGAUGAUGUUGAGCAUGUUAAUGAAGAUUUUGAGCACUUUGGAAAUGGUAUUGAGAAUACAGAGGAUGGUAACGGUGAGCAAAUGUACGAAGAUAAUGAGAAUGAAGAGCAUGCUAAUGAGGAUGAACAGGAUGCUGAAAACGAAGAAGGCGAAGAAGAGAGAGACAGAAGGUAUAAAAAGGGUAAACAAGUUGCACAAGAGCAAGUUGACCCAAAAGAAAACAAAGUGAAAAGAUAAAAAAGAGAAACAGUACCAACAACUGCUUUGAAGUCACCAUACAUGAACAGUUUCAUAGACGCAAAGACAAUGUUUGACAGUGAAGAAAGAUUAGUUGCAGGUUUUGUGUUUCAUGAUCAUUGUGACAAGAACAGUGUUGUGUUGUUCAAGAAUCACUACUUAACCCUUUCCAAAGUUCAAUUGGAAACAUUGCAGAGCAACUUGAAAGUUGAUGUAGAAGUGAUAGAUGUAUGGGCUAUGAUGCUUAACCAUAAUGAAAAGUUGAAAAGUGAUGGAGCUAAAAGUAGACUGCUUUUCUCAACAAAACCAUGUCAAGUGCUAGAUCAAAAUCAUGUGAGUGCUCCACAAACAAGGAACAAAAGGUUUCUUUCAGCUAUUGCUAUGAAAUUUCCCAAGGCAGAUGUCAGUAAGUUGAGAAUAGCAGACAUAUUCAUCUUCCCAGAUCAACAGAACGGGUGCUACUACUUGAUGUGUUUUGACUUGAAGAACAUGAAGUUCUACAUUAUUGAUAGUAGCGAUGGAGAUAUAUGUAUUGGAGUGAAGUACUUGUUUCAACCAAGUUACCUGAAAAAUGGAUUUGUGAAAUGGCUUCCACAAGAAAGGCACCCAAAGGCAGAUCAGGUUGUGAAGCUGAAGCAGAAUUUGUCAAAAUGCAUUGGAGAAAUAACAAAAACAGAACCAAUGAAGGAGUGUAUUUGAUGAGGCAUGUGGAAACAUUUGGUGGCGACACAGCAUGGGAGUAUGGUCUAGACAAAGAAAAUGAAAAUGCAAUUGAGAUACUGAGGAUUAAGUAUUUGCAUGCCAUACUCACAUUUGAGAAGAAUUAAAUCAAGAAGGAGGUGAUGGAACAAGUGAAGAAACAAAAUGUGCUUAUCUA